AUGCCAUCAAUAAUUGCGUCAUCAGUUGUUUAUUCUAUUUUCACCUGUUUGACAGCAUUUUCCAGUGCCACGCUGAGUUCAAGUAGCAGCCGCUCCACUGUCUCACUAAAGUCAAGUGGCGACAGCUCUAUUGUCGCACUGAGUUCAAGUAACAGCAUUUCCAUUGUUCAACUGAGUUCAAGUAGCAGCUCUACAGUCCCACCAAGUUCACAUACCAGCAGCUCUAUUGUCGCACUGAGUUCAAAUAGAAGCAGCUCCACUGUCCUACAAACGUUUAGCAGGAGCAGCUAUAUUUUCACGCUCAGCUUAAGUAGCAGCAGCUCUAUUGUUACACUGAGUUCAAGUAGAAGCAGCUCCAUUGUCGCACUGCCCUCACUUAGCAGUAGCUCCAGUGCCUCACCAAGUUCAAGUAGCAGGAGCCCUCCUGUUGCCACGAGUUCAGGUAGCAGCAGCUCCAUUUUUGCACUUCUUAAGAGGCCAUUUUCCAGUGCCACGCUGAGUUCAAGUAGCAGCAGCUCCACUGUCUCACUAAAGUCAAGCGGCGACAGCUCUAUUGUCGCACUGAGUUCAAGUAACAGCAUUUCCUUUGUUCAACUGAGUUCAAGUAGCAGCAGCUCUAAAGUCCCACCAAGUUCACAUAUCAGCAGCUCUAUUGUCGCACUGAGUUCAAAUAGAAGCAGCUCCACUGUCCUACAAACGUUUAGCAGGAGCAGCUAUAUUUUCACGCUCAGCUUAAGUAGCAGCAGCUCUAUUGUUACACUGAGUUCAAGUAGAAGCAGCUCCAUUGUCGCGCUGCCCUCACUUAGCAGUAGCUCCAGUGCCUCACCAAGUUCAAGUAGCAGGAGCCCUCCUGUUGCCACGAGUUCAGCUUGCACAUCUCCUGGAGAAUCCAUUAAUGCUUCUAGUGGUCACAUUUCCAGCCCCAAUUUUCCCACAAACUAUACCGCAAACAAGACUUGUAUCUGGAAUAUCACGAGCUCCGGUAGCAGCAGUUCCAAUGUUUCACCAGGUUCAGGUAGCAGUAGCUCCACUUUUUCACAAAGUUCAAGCAGCAGCAGCACCUCCAUUAACGUACUGAGUAGCAGCAGCUCCAACGUCAAACUUAGUUCAAGUAGCAGCAGCUCCACUGUCUCACCAAGUUCAUACAGUAGCAGCUCCAUUAUUGCUCUGAAAUCUAGAAGCAGCAGUUCCAUUGUCACAAAAGGUUUAAGUAGCAUCGGCUUUAGUGUCCCACUCAUUUCGAGUAACAGAACCAAUGCCAUUGUCUCACAGAGUUCAAAUAGCACCAGCUCCAUUGUCACACUAGGUUCAAGUAGUACCAGCUUUAGUGUCUUACCAAUUACAAGUAGGCGCAUCACCAUUGUCUUACAGAGUUCAAGUGGAAGCAGAUCCACUGUCCAUCAGAUUUCAGAAAGUGGUAGUGCCAAUGUCUCACUGACCUCAAGUAGCAGCAGCUCUACUGUCUCACAAAGUCCAGGUAGCAGCAGCUCCAGUAUCACCAGCUCCAUUGUUACACUGAGCUCAAGUAGCACCAGCUCCACUGUUUCACUAGCGUCAAGUAGCAACAACUCUAUUGUUGCACUGAGUGCAAGUAGCAGCAGUUCCAUUGUUGCACUUAGUUCAAGUAGCAGCAGCUCUCAUGUUGCACUUAGUUCAAGUAGCAGCAGUUCCAUUUGCGCACCGAGUUCCACUAGCAGCAGCUCUAGUGUCUCACUAGGUUCAAGUAGAAGCAGCCCCUCUGUUGCCUUGAGUUCGAUUGGCAGCAGCUCCACUGUCUCACGUAGCAGCAGCUCUAAUUUCGCACUGAGUUCAAUUAGCAGCAGCUCUAAGGUCUCACCAAGUUCAGUUACCGGCAGUUCGCCUGUUGUACUAGGUUCAAGAAGCAGCAGUUCCAUUGUUGCACUAGGUUCGAGUAGAAGCAGCUCUGUUGUCGCACUGAGUUCAAGUAGCAGCAGCUCUACUGUCUCACCAACUACAGCUAGCAGCAGUUCUCCUGUUGCGUUAAGUUCAAGAAGCAGCAGCUCCAUUGUUACACCGAGUCUAAGUUACGACAGUUUAAUUGUCUUACAGAGUUCAAGUAGCAGUAGCUUUAUUUUCUUAACAAGUUCAAGUGGCAGCAACUCCAUUCUUACACUGAGCUCGACUAGCAGCAGCUCUGUUAUUGCACUCCGUUCAAGUAGCAGCAGCUCCAUUUUCGCACCGGAUUCAAGUGGCAGCAGCUCAAAUAUCGCACUGAGUUCAAACAGCAGCCAUUCCUUUGUCACACUGAGUGAAAUUACCAGCACCUACAGUGUCUCACCAGCGUCUACUAGCAACAGCAUUCCUGUUGUUCUGAUUUCAAGUAACAGCAACUCCAUUGUUGCACUGAGUUCAAGUAGCAGCAGCUCUAGUGUCAUAGCAAGUUCAAGUACCAGCGAGUUUUUUCUUGUACCGAGGUCAAGUGGCAGCAUCCUUAGUUUAUCAUUGAGUAGCUCUACUUUCGCACUGAGUUUAAGUCGCAGCAGCUCCACUGUCUCACUAAUAUCAAGCAGCAGCAGUUCUAGUAUCAUACCAAGUUCAAGUAGCGGCAGCUCUCCCGUUGCACACAGCUCAAGUAGCAGCAGUUACAUUAUUGCACAGACUUCAGGUAGCAGAAGCUCUACAGUCUCACGAAUUUCAAGUAGUAGCAGCUCUACUGUCUUAGAAAGUUUAAGUAGCAGCGGCCUUAUUGUUGCACCGAGGUCAAGUGGCAGCACCAUUAGUUUAUCAUUGAGUACCUCUACUAUCGCACUGAGUUUAAGUCACAGCAGCUUCUCUGUCUCACUAAAAUCAAGCAGCAGCAGCUCUAGUGUCAUACCAAGUUCAAGUAGCAGCAGCUCUACUUUCUCACUAACUUCAAGUAAUACCAGCUCUAGUGUCUUAGAAAGUUCAAGCAGCAGCGGCUUUGUUGUUGCACCGAGGUCAAUUGGCGGCACCUUUAGCUUAUCAUUGAGUAGCUCUACUGUCGCACUGAGUUUAAGUCAAAGCAGCUCCACUGACUCACUAAUAUCAAGAAGUAGCAGCUCUAGUAUCAUACCACGUUCAAGUAGCAGCAGCUCUCCCGUUGCACUGAGUUCAAGUAGCAGCAGUUUCACUGUUGCACGGAGUUCAAGUGGCAGCAGCUCCACUGUCUCACCAAUAUCAAGCAGCAGCAGUUCUAGUGUCAUAACAAGUUCAAGUAGCAGCAGCUCUCCCGUUGGACUGAGCUCAAGUAGCAGCAGUUUCAUUGUUACACCGAGUUCAAGUGGCAGCAGCUCUGCUGUCUUACUAAUCUCAACUAGAAGUAGCUCUACUGUCUUG